UUAUGAACCUGGUAUCGUUUUAGAGGAGUUAUGACCAGCCAAAGACAAGGGACAAUCGGUGUUCACUAAGUGUUAGUGAGCGUGUAAUCGGCCGUAGUCUCAGAUCUGUUUAGAGUCAGAGAAAACUACUCGUGCUAGUGGACAGAAAAGUCUCUUGCGCGUUUACUCGACUUCAGUUCAAACAACUGCCAGAUGCUGUUUUAAUUUUGUGUUCUUCAUCAUUAAAAUACUUUUGGUUUAUUAAUCAAUAUAAAAGUAUCUGUAUCGUUGUACAGUAGCGUUAUACAUGAACUACUGUUCGUCAUAACCUCAAAAUCAUUCAAACAUGGCUCCAACAAUUAUAGCUGCGAAACUUCUAGAAAAGCACGAAACUAGACCUCUAGAGAGCACAACAACAUAUAGGGACAGCAAUCACGUGUUACUCUAGAUUCCGAUAGCUCCCUUUGGUUUCCGCUCAAAAUUUAUCAAAUUCGCACAAAAAUUAAAGCAACUGACCGUGCAAUUACGCAGAAGAGGACUAAUCUAGUUUUGAUUUUAGACGAACCAACUUUUUGCUUUUAAAGGCGACUAUAAUUCUGUUGUUUUUAUCCUAACUUUAUACGAAGGGCUUGGCUUAUCUUCUCUUUUCAUUUCAAACUAAUUACGGUUACGGCUACAAAGACAUACAUUUUACUUUUCAAAUCCUUUUACUAUUCUGCUUUUUGAGCAUUUAUUUCUUCAAUUUACUUUUCUUUUUUGAGCACUUAACUUCUUGGAAUUACGUUAUUUUUCCGUAUUUACUGUUUCGUUCAUUUAUCGAAUUUUGCCGAGCUUCGGCUUAAUAGCGGCUGCAAUAUUUUUGGGGUUACAAUGUCAAAGCAACCAAUUGUGAAAUUACUACCAGACGAGGAGUUGGGCUACGGGGGCUCGAAGAAGAAGACGAAAGGCCCUCGACUGGAGUUUGUUGACCCGCAUUCUCCGGUUUGCAGGGAAGAAGAUGAUGAACCUAUUGAGGUUCUGAGCAGUGGGUGCGAUGGCUUGGAAGUUGCGAAGGAGGAUGAGGUGGAAUUACCGGUAUGGUCUCUUGUCUUACGUGUGCUCGCGGUGUUGACUUUACUUUACUUUUUCGUGUGUUCUCUCGACCUUAUGGGAAGUUCGUUCAAAUUGCUCGGCGGCAAGGAGGCCGGUCGUGUCUUUAGUCAGAACAAGAUCAUAUCGAAUCCGGUGGCCGGGCUCAUGAUCGGCGUGCUGGUCACAGUGCUGCUCCAGUCUUCGUCAACGAGUAGUUCUCUUGUCGUCGCAAUGGUCGCUGGUCGACUGAUGAACGUAGAGACAGCGGUGCCAAUCAUCAUGGGCGCGAACAUUGGCACCUCUGUGACAAAUACAAUCGUAGCUCUCAGCCAGAUCCAAGAUCGCGAGAUGUACAAGCGAGCGUUCGCGGCUGCCACUGUCCAUGACAUGUUUAAUAUUUUAACUAUGUCGCUUCUGCUUCCGAUUGAAUGGGUCACUCACAGUCUGACUAAAUUGUCUUCGCUGAUUGUGAGUUCCUUGCCGAUGAAACCAAAUGAAAACGCGGACGUUGAAUUGCUCUCGAGGUUCACAGAUCCUUUAACUGACUUGGUAGUGAUGGUGAACAAGACGUAUAUAAAAGAGAUCUCUAAAGGUCAUGAAGUUGGAGAGGGCGAGCAGGUACUGAAGAGAUUUUGCGAUGAUGGAAUGGUGGUCGAAGACAUGGAAAGAGAGAGGUGCGACAGUUUGUUCAGUCAAUUCGAUCUGUCUGACAAAGCUGCUGGCUCAGUUUUACUGACACUAUCUCUUGUUGUAAUGUUCAUUUGUCUGAUUCUGAUGGUCAAAGUUUUGAAGUCGGUGUUUCAAGGUCACAUAUCGAAGGUCAUAAACAAGACGGUAAAUGCAGGGUUCCCUGGGAGGCUCAAUUUUCUGACUGGAUACGUUGCUAUUGUCGUGGGAGCUAUAAUGACUGUUCUUGUGCAAAGCAGCUCUAUAUUUACUUCGACUUUGACGCCGUUGGUUGGUCUGAACAUAAUCAGUCUGGAACGGGCGUUCCCGUUGACGCUUGGCUCAAAUAUUGGGACUACUGUAACAAGUAUGCUUGCAGCUCUGGCUAGUGAUUCGAAUUUCGAUGCGGCGCUUCAGAUCAGUUUCUGUCAUUUGCUCUUCAACGUUAUCGGGAUCCUGAUUUGGUACCCGAUUCCUGCGAUGCGGAAAAUCCCACUUAACUGUGCGAGGCAACUAGGUAGGACGACCAGCAAGUACAAGUGGUUCGCUUUCGCCUACGUUUUUGUAGUGUUCGUAUUGGUUCCUGGAAUCAUUUUCGCUCUGUCCAUAUUGGGAACCAUUUACGUUAUUGGAUUUUGCAGUAUAAUUGCCUCAAUUGCCAUAGUAUGUGCCGUAUUGAAACUUCUUCAAAGGAAAUGGCCCUCAAUCCUCCCUACGAAGCUUCGAGAUUUCAAGUUUCUGCCCAAGUGGAUGCGAUCGCUAGAGCCUGUGCAUAAUGUUGGAGUUGCGUUUGUGGAUAAAUUUAAGCGGUGUAGACGAACUCGUGGAACUAUAACCCGGCGUCGAACGACAACUGAAUCGUCAUUGCAUUUGACUUGCGAAGUCGAGCACGGAUUAGAGGUUGAGAAUAGCGGAGAACUGCAUGACGAAACGGAUGGUGAGAAAGUAAAGAACAGUUUAUACAUAACACAGCUACUGCAAGAAGGAAAAGGAAAGCUGGUGGUCGGAGAUGGAAAAGUGCACCAGGGGAAAGAGGCGACUGAACAAAUGGGAACGGACUCGGGAGUCCCGAGCAGCAAUUGCAGUUCAAGCAGCCGAAAUGAUCUCAUCGACGAGCACAGCUCACGACGUGCUGGCAGUAGUCAUGUAACGACUCUUUAGUGCGGUGUGUGUGACUGUUUGAGCAUCUGAAAUUUCGAAUGGACAUUUUCUUGGUUUGGUUUUGCCUUGUUAGAUCUCUUUAAGCGUCCCUUAUUUGUUAGAAACUUAGUUGGUGAAACGGUAGAAUGGAACACAGCAAAGAUGAGGGAGCACUACUGCAAAAUGGCAAUUGGAUUUAACAAUGUAUUUAGUUUUCUUGACAAAUAACAACUUAAAAAAUCUCUGAUUUAUUUUUGGUUUUUAAACUGGAGCAAGCGAGAGUCAACUUCUACAAGCAACCUAUGUCGUUGGGACCAGCAGAUUAACACCAAAUGCUGACAAUGACAUGAAACAAUAUCCGACAGAACAUACUACUUGGGACUCCAAUUUGACUGCGAUUGUGGUGUAAUGAAUGACUUUGCUUAAGUAACCAUGCGUUGUUUGCUUGUAUUGAGUUGAUUAUUCAUCCCUUCA